AUGGAGGGCACCGGGCCGGCGCGCACGCGGCAGCGGGUGAGCAUGCAGGAACACAUGGCCAUCGACGUGAGCCCGGGUCCCAUCCGGCCCAUCCGCCUCAUUUCGGACUACUUUCCGCACUUCUACCCCUUCCUGGAGCCAGUGCUGCGCCCCCCAGACCGGCACGCUGCGGCCAGCCCCGCCAUCCGCUCUGCUCCCCAGCCACAGCCCAACCCAGAGCCAGAGGGGGACUCAGACGACAGCACUGCCCUGGGCACCCUGGAGUUCACGCUUCUCUUUGAUGCAGACAACAGCGCCCUGCACUGCACGGCCCAUUGUGCCAAGGGUCUCAAGCCACUGGCCUCAGGAUCCUUGGACACGUAUGUUAAGGCCAACUUACUGCCAGGAGCCAACAAGGCCAGCCAGCUUCGGACACGCACGGUUCGGGGCUCAUGUGGGCCUGUUUGGGAGGAAACGCUCACCUAUCAUGGCUUCACGCGUCAGGAUGCUGGGCGCAAGACCCUGCGGCUGUGUGUGUGUGAAGACCCACGGUUACGGCGCAGGAAGCAUGCACCCCCACUGGGUGAGCUGAGGGUACCCCUGAGGAAGCUGGUGCCCAACCGAGCCAGGAGUUUUGACGUCUGUCUGGAGAAGCGGAGGCUGACCAAGAGGCCCAAGAGCCUGGACACAGCCCGUGGCAUGUCCCUGUAUGAAGAGGAGGUGGAGGUGGAGGGGAUGGCUGGAGAGGAACGCGGGCGCAUCCUGCUGUCCCUGUGCUACAGCUCCCAGCGCGGCGGCCUGCUGGUGGGCGUGCUGCGCUGCGCACACCUGGCCCCCAUGGAUGCCAACGGCUACUCCGACCCCUUUGUCCGCCUUUUCCUGCACCCAAGUUUAGGGAAGAAAUCCAAAUACAAGACCAGUGUUCGGAGGAAGACACUGAACCCUGAGUUCAAUGAGGAAUUCUUCUACGCAGGCCCUCGGGAGGAACUGGCCCAGAAGGCGCUGCUGGUGUCUGUGUGGGACUACGACCUGGGCACAGCUGACGACUUCAUCGGUGGGGUGCAACUGAGUGGCCAGGCCAGUGGAGAACGCCUGCGUCACUGGCGUGAGUGCCUGGGCCAAAGUGACCGCCGGCUGGAGCUGUGGCACCCGCUGGACGGCGUGCUCCCCCAGCUUGGCAACCAACCAGCAUAG